UGAGAAUGCAUAUAUGAAAGAUCGAUUUCGAGCUGGCCUGAACACUGCGUAGCAAACAUGGCGACAGCGGACUGGAAUUCGCUGUUGCAGCAAUCCAAUGACCUAGUGGGGCAGGAGUACAACAAUGUCCCCCGUGUGGAGCGGACAUUGCCUCAACUCCAGCAAUAUGCCGACGCGCUCCGGUCGCGCACGAACCGCUUUCGGGGCCCCGCCGAGCACGCCGCGGCCACGCGCCUGCUGGCGCAGCAGGGUCUGGAUGCGACCAGGCUGACCACUGAGGUGGUGGCCCUGGAGAUCGUGCCCACCAUCGAGGACGUGUUCCACGCCGACACGGGCAACGUGGAGGAGUACCUGCAGCAGGUGGAGGAGGCCACACUGCUGGCGGCCAUACAGGAGGCUCAGCAGGAGUCGGUCGCCUCCUUCGAGUCCUACAUGGAGAGCUGCAUGGCGCGCGACUGGGCCGCCAACAAGCGCCAGCUGUUCGGACUCAUUGCGCCGAACAACCUGGUCGGCGCCGGGCCGGGCGGCGGCGGACUGGGCGGCGGGCUGGGCGGCGGACCGCAGCCGCUGAUCGGCCGCACCGCGGGCGGUGGGCUGUCGUUCGGCGCUCCGGCUCUGCGGCUGUCGCCCAAGGAGGCGGCGUACGUGGAGGUGGUGAAGCGCAUGGCCACGCAGGCGGCGGCGGCCACGGGCGCGGGCGGCGGCGGCGCCAGCGGCUCGGGCGUGGACGUGGUGCGGGACUUCCUCAAGGCGUGCAAGGACAAUGAGGACAAGGCCCCCGGCCAGGACACGCACAUCUCCAGCGUGUGGGCGCUGCUGGCGGACGUGCUGGCGGAGGCCAAACAGCGCGGCCUGGCGCCCUCGGCACCGGCAGGCGGCGCGGCGGGCGGUGGCGUGGCGGGCGGCAGUGGGCGCUAUGUGGAGGCGCUGGCGGCGGGCGCACGCAAGCACCUGGAGCGCGGCUUCAAGUCGCACGUGCGCUCCACCAUCAGCCGCUACAAGCUGGCGGCGGAGCGCGGCGCCGACCCCGACUACCUGCGGGAGGUGCAGGCAUACGUGCAGGUCAAGUUCCGUGACCGCGGCGCGCUGGACUUCGCGGCCCCGGGCGGCGCCGGCAUGGAUACCUCCUGGAUCCAGCUCUUCUACGCCCUGCGCUCCGGCGACGACGCCGCCGCGCGCCGCGCCGCCGACCGCUGCGGCGAGCUGCUGCUGGCGGCAGGCGGCGGCGGCGGGCUGGGCGGCAUGGGCGGCGGCGGCUUGUUCGGCGCGGGCCGGGCGGGGCUGGGCGGCAGCAGCGUGCGGCCGUUGGUGGACGAGUGGCUGGGCGGCGGCUGCCGGCUGUCGGAGAGGUCGGCCCAGGCUCUGUCGCGCGAGGCGGAGCGGCUGCUCCGCGACAAGAACGGACUGCGCCACAGCCCCAAGGCGCCCUACCAGGCGCUGGUGUGUGCGCUGCUGGCCGGCGAUGCCCGCUCCAUGGACGCGCUGGGCGGCGUGCUGCAGGCGCUGCAGCUGCCGCCCAUCCUGUCCACCAUUGAGGACUUCAUGUGGGCCAAGCUGGCCGUGGUGGCGGGUAGCAGCGGCGGCGGCGCGGCAGGUGGCGGCGCCGCCGCUGGCGCGGCUGCUGCUGCUUCGGGCGGUGUGGUGGCGGGCGUGCAGCCUUACAGCCUUGCGGACCUGCAGGCAGACAUCAACCGCUGGCCGCCGCAGUACUACAGCAAGCAGAGCCGCGAGCCGCUGCUGUACGUGACGGUGCUGGUUCUGAGCCUGCAGCUGGGCGCGGCGCUGCGCUUCCUGUGGCGUGACGACACCGCCAAGCCCUACCGCCUGGACGCGGUGCACAUGGGGCUGGCGCUGCAGGCGGAGGGCGCGCUGGCGGCACUGGGCGCCGUGUCCGAUGCCUCCGCCGCCUCCUCCAACUCCGCCUCCACCUCCUCCGCCGCGGCCGCCGCCUCGGCCGACGUGGCUACAAUGGCGCUCGCCUACGGCCGCAAGUUCCUGGCCGCGGGCGACGCCGCCACGGCGCUGUACUACUACUGGCUGGCGGCGGGGGCGCGCGGCGGCGGACUGGCGGUCAAGGGCGCCCUGCUGCGUGAGCUGCUGGCGGGCGGCCGCGACUUCGGCACGCUGCUGGGCGGCGGCGGCGCGGGGGCGCGCGGGGCGCUGCACGCGCUGGUGCCCGACCCCGAGGAGCGCCGGCGCCUGUUCGAGGGCGUAGCGUACGAGUGCCAGAUGUGCGCCCAGCCCGAGGAGGCGGUGGAGCUGUACCUGGCCGCCGACCGACCCACCGCCGCGCUGUCGCUCAUCAACAGCCAGAUGAGCGCCGCCAUUGCGGCGGCGGCGGACGAGGCGGCGGCGGCGGCGCCAGGCGGCGGAGCCAUGUCGCCGGCACCGGGCUCGGCGCCCGCGGCGGAUCGGCUGGAGCGCAUCGCGCGCAGCGGCCGCGCCGCCGCCGAGCGCCUCACGGGUGUACGGCUGGCGCCCGGCGCGCCGCCGCCCGCCGCCGCCGCGCCGUCUGCGGCCGUGGCGGCUGACCCGGCGGCUCGACGCGAGCUGGAGGCGUUCUGGCAGCUGGGCGUGAUCCGCGACCUGCUGGUGGCGGCGCGGAGGGGGCGGCACGACCAGGCUCUGCAGCGGCUGAGCGAGCUGCCCUUCAUCCCCACCGAGCGCUCCCGCCUGGACCUGUGCGUGCGCAUGAGCACACAGCUGCACCCAGCCAUCGCGGAGCGGCUGCAGGACAUCAUAUCCACCGCCGCCGACAGCAUCGCGGCCCGGCGGCAGCAGGUGGGGCGCGAGGCGGCUGCGGGCCUGGCGGGCGAGCUGGCGGUCAUCACCGCCUACGCCAACAGCAUGGCGGGCGCGCGGCUGCCGCAGGCCGUGUACCGCAAGCUGGCGGAGGCGCAGGUGUUCAUGUCGUAAGCGCUGUGUACGGCAGUGCGUGUAUGUGGGUGUGGGUGAGGUGUGGGUGUUGAAAGGGUGGCGUGGUCGUGCUGAGGCCUGCGGGCCAGGAAGUGGGGCGGUCAAGAGCGGGUGGUGGGCGGGAGGCGAUGCACCCGGGCACCAAUGUGCCCAACGGGUUGGGGAGGCAUGGCGUGUGGUGGGCUUUUGUGGAAUGUGGGGAGCGUGCGCGCCGUUGCUCGGGAAAGUAUUCCAAUAGUGAGCACUGACUUAUUGUAGUGUGCUUGGUCCACUGAGAGCGGCACGGGAGAAACGCGGUCGGGACAGGACGCAAGGACCCGCGGCACAAAGCGUGUGCGUGGCAGGCAUGACCGCAUGAGGGCUGCCCAGACGUGUAACGCUCGCUUGGCCUGAAGACCUGUGUCGAGCAUGCGGUGUCAUGUGCGGCCGGGAAUCACACGGCGUGGCGGGCCUCACGGGACAUGUCUUCCUGUGGAGAGCUGCGAUGGGACAGGGCAGGGGGCGGGUUGGUGUAAUCCCGUCGCUGA